AUGGAAGACUGGGUCGGCCAGAAGCACACCUUGGAGGCCGCACUGAUCGACUGCUCAAAACACUACAGCGGAAACCCCCCAGGGAAACAAAGGUCAGCCAACUUUAGGAUUACUUCAUCAGCUAGGGAUCUAAGACACCAAUAUGUGGCUGCAUACAUGUACCACUAUACCUCUCACGCUGCGAACGACGUCGACCCGAGCGACGACAAAGACAUGCUUUUGAUCGGCCCAGCCAAGGACAUUGCGUUCAAUUGCUUGCUAGCCACGCUUUACAACCUCAUACAUGCGCCACAUAUCCAAAGAGCGACAGUCCCUUUCUUCCCCUCGCCCUCGUUUCCAAAAGACAGCCAUCACCGAGGCGCUACUAGCUGCCACCAGCGUAGAGCUCACUGA